AUGAGCAAGAUACUACUAGUCUCUCUACUCUCGGGCCUAGCACUAGCUGGAGCCUAUGAUUCCCUAGGGACCCUUGGCUCAUCAAUUCCAGAUGACCUAGACGCAAGUGCGCGUGAGAUUAUCAGGGAUGCCCAGCAAAAUCCCAACGCAACACGAGCUGUUGCUUUUAGGCCGUUCAACUCAGCUGCAAGAGCCGGCAAUACUCAGUCUCUAGCCGACGUUGAAUGGACGUGGCGUGUCAAUAUUAGCGAAUAUGCAAUGCCGGAUAACGAAAAGAAAGGCGCUGCCGUCGAUUCCCGCAUCAUCAGCACUGCAUACGACUUUUCUUGGGCUGGCGCUGGAGACAUGAGCUCUCAGCUUGACCUGUCCGAGGGCGGCCUUUGCUUUACUAUCAUGGAUGCUCCUAAGGACUUUCCUGUGAACGUCACCAACUCUUACACAAAGGAUGAUGUAAACAGCGCCAGCUGCAAUCCCGUCCUUGGACAGGCAUGUGUUGAUGCCAUCGUAUCCCAAGCCAAUAGAGAGACCGGAUCCCCAGUUCGUUGCUCCGCGCCCCAGCGCAGUUGGUAUGCACUACCAGAGUGUCAGAGUACACUGGGUUACACGGAUACUGUACUUGGAACUUGGGGUGCAGUAACGUUUAGCUACGGGUUCUUCAACCACAGUAGCAAUUCGACCAACAGCUGGGAGAACGGUGAGGGAUGGUAUGGGUCUUUCAGCGCCCCGCAAAACCGCAGCGGGGGUGCAGAGUACUAUACCGCAACAAAUCGCCUACAGAUCAUAUUGGUCAAUCCAAUAGUGCGCGGACCGGGGUCUUCAGGGACUCUGGAGAAUGCUCCAUACAUACAGGGCCCCCAGCUCUCAUGUAUGCGUGUCAAUACCACGAAGCUCCCAACAGGGGACCUUGACGGCAACGGUGUGGUUCUGACUAGCGAGGCUGUUAUGCAAAGUGUUGGGGUAUCUCUGAUGCAUACAGCGGUCUCAUCACGUUCUUUAGGGCUUUUUGUGGUUCUUUCAAUCAUGUUUACAAUAGAGGUUGCCGGACACCUUCCAUAG